AUGUUGACGGGGUGUUAUAUAGCGGGUAUGCUGCCUUUGUCAAUAACGUUAUCUGAGGUUAGUCACGUUUUCACGUUCAUAUCCUGACUUGUAUGUAGAUUUUAUAAUAACUAUAUACUGUGAAAUAAUAAUACCAUAUUUUGGUAAGGUACCGGUAUAGAGAAAUACUGUAAUAUCUUGAUAUAUAUUUUUUCAUGUGCUAUAAAUAUUUACUUUUUUUAUUAUUUUUUACUUUUGUGUGUGUUGGUGUAUGUACUCAGGUGAAUAUGAUGUUUGUGAUGUUACUCUGAGUGUGCAUUCACACCGGGCUAGCUGUAACAUCACAAACAUAAUAUUACAUUGCUAUUAUUAAAAUUGUGAAUGGUUCAUUUGAAGGGGUCAUAAUGCUACUGUGAUGGGAAUAGCUUUUCUUGCAGGUUGGUAGUAGUGUCUACGACUUGUCAUUGACAAAUAGCUGACAAUUUCAUGACAACCAGUGACAAGGUUGAUCAGACAUGUCAGAAAUUGUUCCAAUAACAGAUUGUAACAUAGUGAACCUAUGGAUGAGUAAAAUCACCUGACAUGUUGCCAUAGCAGGGCUUCAAAUUUGCAGUAUCCCAGUAUCCAGGUGAUAUACCAGAUUUUAAAUUUGGAUACUGGAAAUCACAAGCUUAGUAUCCUGAGCGAUACUGAAAAAAACUUCUGGUCACAGUACAAAAAUAAUUUAUUAUUCAAAUGUGGGAUACUAGAUUUUAAGUUGUUAGUAUCCUGUUGGAUACUGCUGGAAAUUUGAAGCCCUGCCAUAGGAUACCAAAAUAGGGCACAUUGCAUUAUUUGCAACCGAUUAAGACGUUCAAUCAUGUUUUCAUUUCAGUCCAAACUUCAUAUGGUAACAGUUCUUGGUUCUGGGUUGUUAGUUGGUACAGCGCUUGCUGUAAUUAUUCCUGAGGGUGUGAAUGCAUUGUAUGAAGAAGGCAGUUAUCGUAAGUAUCAAAAAUAACUUAAAUAUUGCUAUGGAUAUAAAAACUUCCUAAAUGAGUAAAAAAACAAUAGCUUGAACCAAGGGUGGAUUUUCAUUUAUUUAAAAGAAGGGGUAGAAAAAUUUCUAGUGGGGUGCAAGCAACACCACUCAGUCAGCUUUAACAGGGGUUAGGCAUUUGAGUUAAAACAUUUUGCACAAAAUAGGAGGGGUGAAGCAAAAUUUUGGUGGAGUUGAACACUUUACUAGAGGGGUUACAGAGAUUCUAGGGGGGGGGGGUUAACCCCCCUAACCUCCCCAGUAAAUCCUCCCAUGGCUUGAAUGUGAGAGUGUGGUCACAUUUAGUUAUGUCAUUGCUGGCCUCUAUUUUGAAUCAUUGUCUUGGAAGUGUGUGUUAUUUGAGACUAAGGAACUUUAAGACAUGCCAUAAGUAAGUGUUGAACUUUCUUUCGUUUAUGAGACCAUGAACAUCACCAUGAACAUGCAGUGACACCAACAAGCGAAGCUCUGACGACAGGCACUGGUGGAUUUUUACCAAACAUGAUUCCAGAAGUGGAACCUCAUGCACUUAUUGGUAUUUCUCUCUGUUUGGGUUUUGUGUUUAUGCUUUUGGUUGAUCAUUGUUCUGGAGGACACUCACAUGCACCUGCAGGUAUUAAAACUUCCAUACUGUCAUUCACAAGACUAAACUACAUAUGUCACGAUGUUUCCCUGACCAAAUGUGAACUUUUCUGCAGAUGUGGAGAGCAAUGGAAGACAGAAUCGUGGAAGUUUUACGGCAACAAUUGGAUUGGUCGUCCAUGCAGCAGGUUGAGUGUGAAACAAUGUCAACGAAUAUCUUAGCAUGGUUUCGAGUGCAAUUUGGUAAAAACAUCCACGAGUGAGUUUUUCAAAGACAAUCAAAAUUGCACGAGUCUGAAGGAUGACUGCAAUUUUAAGUCUUUGAAAACUCACGAGUGUAUGUUUUUCCAAAUUCCAUGAGAAACUGUACUAUUACUUAUUAAUAAAUGUACUUGAAACAAUCAUGCAGUCAAUUUUAAUAUAAACAUGAAUUUUAUUAGAAAAUUUUGUCACUUGUAAUGUCUGGGUUUUUUGUAUUAUUUUCACUUUUCGCACUGUAUUUCGUUUUUCACACUCUUUCACUUUUUGACACUACUGUAUUUUGAAAAUAUUGCACUGCUCUUAGCCAAUGAGAACUGAGAAUUUUUUUCAUGUAUAUUAUUAAUAAUUGAAUAAAUUUGCCUUGUGUAGCUGAUGGUAUUGCAAUGGGUGCUGCAGCAGUCUCGUCAAAACCUGAAGUGGAAAUAAUAGUUUUUCUUGCAAUUAUGUUACAUAAAGCUCCUGCGGCAUUUGGACUGACAACAUUUUUGCUACAACAGGCAAGUACUGAAUGAACUUAUAUAAUGCUUUUAAGAAACUGUUGCAUGUAAACACAACCAAUCAUAUAAAAGUAAUCUGAAAGUUUCUACUCGGCUGUAACUGUAUCGUAUUUCUCUUUAGGGAAUGCAGCGGAAUAGAAUAAGAAAACAUUUAUUUAUAUUCUCAAUGGCUGCACCAGUCUUGGCAAUUUUAACAUAUACAUCUCUAAGUCUGGUAAGAAAUGCUUGUGAACAGAUAUUUUUCAAACACUUUGGUCAUAUUUGACCAAUAAUAGCAAAAAAAGCAAUUUAGAACUGAUAUCAUACAAAUUAAGUCUUUAAAUGAUAGUUGACAAUUGAUUUGAAUUUUAGCUGACAUCCAAGACCCGUAAUAAACCUCUUUAUUUAAUAAUCUAUAUGUAUUGUGUUGUUUAUCUGCAAAAGCAAUGUUCUAAUUAACAAUUAUUCGCCGAAGGCGAGGUGAUUAUCGGUGGAUGAAAACCGAGACGAAGUCGAGGUUUUUAUUCACGAUAAUCACCGAGCCUGAGGUGAAUAAUUGUUUUAGUAUAAUUUCAUAGGUGAUUAUUUAGGAAAAAAUUUAAAAUACACAUUUCUUCGUCAUUUAAUUGACAAAAAGGCUUCGGUGAUUAUCGCGUUAUAAUCACCUCAACGGCAACCAAUCAGCGUGGGGAAUUGUCAAUAAUCACCUAUGUAAUUAUACUAACUAGCAAUAUUUUUAUUUUAGAGUGGGCAGGAAUUAUUUUCCAGUGUGAAUGGGACAGGCAUGGCAAUGCUGUUCUCAGCAGGAACAUUUCUUUAUGUAGCGACAGUUCAUGUCUUACCUGAAACAACAAACAUAGCUCACAGCUCAACAGCUACGGCAGAUGCUGAGGGACAUGAACAUCAGAAGAAAAGUGACUUACUUCCUUUAGUUCUGGGAAUUAUAUUUCCACUAAUUUUGACAGCAACACAUCAUCAUCAUUGAAGUAAUUGUAGAGUCAGUGAGCUAGAGAAUGGUUAGAGCUGGAGAAUGACUACAGCGUUUUAGAAAAAGCCCUAUGUAGUUGGCUUUAAUAUAAAGUCAUGGCUUUUUGCUAUUGUAGAAGAAUUGUUUAAAGUCCAGAUUCAGUUAACUUAUCAGAAGUCAACAUGACAUAAAUGGCUUAUAAAAAUUGACAUAAGAAAAAUAGAAAGCCAUGUUGACCUCUGAUAUUAACUAUGAUCUAACACACUAGAUAGGUACCAAUCAAUCAGAUCCAUUUACUGAUUCUACCCGAUGAGAGGUAGCGGUACUAAAAUCUGAACCUCUCUAAUGUCACAACAACUCAUUCAAUUUUAUUUUUACCAUAUAGGUUAAAUAUUAGUAUUUUGCAUAUUUGUCUUGUAAUAAAUAAUGGUGAAGUGCAGUAUCAAUAUAGGUUAAUUAAAUAUUAAUAUUUUGCAUAUUUGUCUUGUAAUAAAUAAAGGUGCAGUAUCAAUAUUAUAUAGGUUAAUUAAAUAUUAAUAUUUUGCAUAUUUGUCUUGUAAUAAGUAAUGGUGCUGCAUCAACUGUGGUAAUGAAGUGCUAUACUAAGCAUUUUCCAUUCAGCAAGUUUAUACUUGUAUGAAUUGUUUAGUUUUAUUGUAAAAUUCUGAGAUAUCGAAGGAUUUCCUUUCUGAGUUCAAUGUUAGAGAUGUGCGAAUCCGAACCGAUCGGAUUCGGACAAAAUUUUACGUGUUCGAAUCGGAUUGGAUUUUUUUUCUAUUGGAUCGGGUUUUGGUUGUUUUUCCGUUGGAUCGAAUUGGACUAAAUUUUCCCACUGGAUGUGUAUCAGAUUUUGUUAUUUAACGUCAUUAAACGCUCGAAAACCGAAUUAAUCUACCAAUUUUAAUACGUCUGGCACAAGAUUACAUGCACUUAAGACAG